AUGAAAAUAUUUUGCUUAAUUGCCCUUACUUUAGUAUCAAGUUUGCAUGUCUCAUACCAUGAAGGCGGAGAUGACUGGACAGAUACAUGCCAAAACGGUACCUUACAAUCUCCAAUUGCAAUACGAGAUUCCGAAUCCGAAAUAAUUCUUGUAAAUACCACAAGCUCAAUAGUUCUCUAUCCAGAUUUCAAACCAAACUUCACAAUGGGACAUAUGACUUCUUACUCAUUUGCAGUCUACUCUGAUUGGGGCAAUCUUGCAGUUGCUUUUCCUUCUAAACCCUCUAUCAAUUUGCAUUCCUCAGCUUUUCAUUUUCAUUCUCCAUCGGAAUACACUCUUAAUGGGAAAUAUUUUGACUUGGAAAUGCACAUUGUGAUGAAAAACCCAAACGUUCAAGGCUCACUAUAUGUGCUAGGUAUAUUUUUUGACGUAAAUGGUAAAACUAAUAACUUUAUAUCGCAAGUGAUAGAGUCUGAAAGCAAUUAUACAGAUGUGAACUUAAUGGACGUGUUUAAUGGGAACAGCAAAAUUGAAAAGUUUUAUGAGUUUGAAGGGUCACUCACAACUCCUCCGUGCACUGAAGGAGUUAAAUGGUUUUUAUGGAGCGAAGUUCAAGAUUUAGAUGAAAGCCAACGGAACUUUUUCCACAAGUUUUGGGCUGGAAAUUCGUCAUUUGCAGGGAAUAACGGAAAUAACAGAAACCUACAGGAGAGAAAUGAUAGGCUGGUUAUUAAAUAUGGAGAAAGCGAUGACAUGAGCAUUAAACUCGAGUUUUCAGUGUUUCUCUUAGUCAUAGCAAUCUCACUUUAUCUAUCUUAA